UUCAAACACUGCUCGCGUUUUGGCGCAAAAUUAGUUUUUGGAGGGAAAUCGCAUCUUGAGAAAAUUCGUGGCUGCCCACUUGUAAUUUGAUCAUUGCUGUGGCGCGACGCGUGUUGACCGAUAAAGAGAAAAUAAGAUAAAAAAGAACCAAGACGCGAGCAAAGACCGGACGUGCCAUAAGUGAAAUAAGCAAACAACUUCAACUGCAACACAACUAUUAAUCAGACCACACAGAAAUGGCCCAGCCCUCGGUAGCAGCAUUUUUUACUAAUCGCAAACGCGCCGCUCUCGAUGAUGCGAUCACAAUCAAGAACCGACGCCUGGUGGAACCAGCAGAGUCUGCCCAGCCGCAAAGCCCAGCCCCCGCGCUCCAAGAUGCGGACAUCGACACGCUCAAGGCGACAGCCAGCGGGAUGCGCACCCGCUCGAGUCGCAACACAAAGCUGAUUGUCACCCCUCAGGAGAUGGUGACGAGCAAGAAGAAGCCAGCCAAGCUUGAGCCGCACAUCAAGCAGCCGAAGCUGGUACAGUUCAUUCGCAAGGGGACGCUCUCGCCCAGGAAGCAGGCGGCCACCAAGAUCGACGAGGAGCAGCUGCUGCUGCAGCCGGCCAGCGAGCAGACGCCCAAAGUGAGCUUCACCAUCACCAGCCAGCAGAAUGCGGACAACAUGCAGCGGGGCAUGCGCACGCCCACUAAACAGAUCCUCAAGGACGCCUCGCCCAUCAAGCACAGCGACCUGAAGCGCCAGCUCACCUUCGAUGAGGUCAAGAGCAAGAUCUCGCGCAGCGCCAAAAUGCAGGAGCUGAAGGCGGUCUUGGCCCGCAAGGCGGCCCUCGAGCUCAAGCGCAAGGAGCAGGAGGAACGCAAUCGUCGCCUGCGCGAGGCCGGCCCCUCCCCAUCAAAGUCGAGCCUGUCCGUGCAGCUGAAGGAGUUCGACACCAUUGAGCUGGAGGUGCUGACAAGCCCCCUGAAGACCUUCAAGACACCCACAAAACUGCCACCACCCACACCGGACAAGCAUGAGUUGAUGUCGCCGCGGCACACGGACGCCUCCAAGCGGCUGCACUUCAGUCCGGCCAAGAAUGGAUCGCCCGUCAAGCUGGUGGAGGUUCCGGCCUACAAGCGCUACGCCAGCCUUGCGGAGACCAGCAAGGCCGGACAGCUCCCGCUGCCGUACAAGUACCGCUACUUGCUGGACGUCUUCAAGGGGCUGGACUCGGUGGUGGCCAUGUUCCACAAUCGCAAGGAGUGCAUCACGUUCAAGAAGCUGAAGCCGGCGGUGCAGCGAAUGCUGCGCAAGAACUUCACCGAGCUGCAUCUGGCCCAGAUCAAGGCUGUCUAUCCGGAGGCCUUCGUCUUCAGUCAAAUGAAGAUGCGGAACUUUGGUUCGGUCUCCAAGGCGGACUACUACCAGCUAAUGAUCAGCCCCAAUGUGGAGGCGGUCCCGGAGCAGGCGCAGGACCAGCAGCAGCACCGCUGCAGCAAGAUCAACGAGGACGAUGUGCUCGCGUCGGCCCAGUCGACUUCGAUGAAUCCACACGUCAUGACGUCGCGCAUGCAUCGAUUCCAGAACCUUCUGCUCGAUCGCGUGAAGCAGGCACACGCCAAGUUCCUGCGCUCCCUGGACCCCCCAAUCUUCAUUGAGAAGGCGCUGACCCGCUGGCACCCACAGUUCGAGCUGGAGAACUGUCCAGAGGUGGAACCGGCCCCACUGCCCCAGCCCCCGAAUGUGGAGAAGUAUUCCUCGGCCAAGGACAUCCUCUCGACGGCUCGCAAUCUGUUCAACUGCGCCACGCCCAUGGAGAGGGCGAUGGACCGCUACGAGUCCAAAGUGGAGGCGGACAAGCAAGCUGCUGCUGUUGCUCCGGAUAAGCAACCACCGCAGAAGCCAACAUCAACAGAGGCAGCGGGAACGGGAACGGAAGGCGACACAUCAAUACCCGAAACGUCUACAGCCACGCCCACGGUGAAGGAGUGUCCCAAGGUCCCAGACGCCACAUCGAAUCUGCUGAAGGGGCUGCCAAAGUCGCUGAUCGAGAAAAUUCGGGCCAAGCAGGCGGCUAAGGCCCUGGAAGCCAUGACGAGGCGACCGUCGCAGGACCAGGAGGCAACCAAGUACUCGCGCCUGCCGGAACUGGCGCGACAUCUGCGCAACGUGUUCGUGACGGAGCGCAAGGGGGUGCUCACCCUCGAGGUAAUUAUCAAAAAGAUCCAGAACAGUUUCCGCGCCAAUUUAACGCCCCAGGAGAUCGAGGCGCACCUGAAGCUGCUUGCCAAGGAGCUGCCCGCGUGGGCAGCCUUCCACGAGGUGCGCAAGACCAUGUACCUAAAGGUCGCCAAGGACAUGGACAUGAACAAGAUCAUCGAGCAGCUGGAGAGCAUCGCGAAUGGGAAGACCACCUGAUAACCUCAGCGCGAACGGCAACCACCCGGUGACCGACCCUCAUCAUUAUUGACCCUGUGGCCACAUCCAGCUAUAUUAGAUCUAAGUGAAUGUUUGGCUGGUGAAUUCUUUAACCAGAUUCUACUCACAAACCUACAUACACACAUGCAUAUACGUAUAUAUAUAUAUAUUUUGUUAUUCUUACAUAUACCACAUUGACAUUCACAUCAACUCAUAAAUAAUUGACAAUUAUUUCGCAAUCGAUUCAUCACAUUUAGAUAUAAACGUUUAUUGUACUAUUAA